AUGGCAGUAAGCGAAAGCACGAAAAAUCAUCAAGGCGGGCUUGGAGAUAAAGCUAUUGACGAAGGAGACCCGAAAAUGUUCAGCAAUGGGAAAUCAACAUGUCCCGUGAGAUAUUUUAAAAAGCUUCUCGCUGUCUUGAAUCCAAAACAAAAUGCUUUAUUCCAAAAGCCGAAAAGAAAUUUCAUGUCUGGUGAUCAAAUAUGGUUCGAAAACUGUCCAAUUGGUGUGAACAAAAUAGGAUCAAUGAUGAAAGAAAUUUCAAAAGAUGCGAAUUUAAGCCAUGUUUACAGCAACCAUUGCGUGAGGUCAACAACCGUCACAGUUUUGGAUGCCGCUGGGAUUCCCAUCCACAGAAUCAUGCAAACGUCAGGCCACAGGAAUGAAUCAAGUGUCAAGUUCUACUGUGAUCGGCAAACUUUGGAUAAGGAAAAGGAAUCGUCAAAUAUCCUCGCGAGAUUUGGGAACGAAUUGUCAGCACAAGCACGGCAGGAGCUCGAACAAGAAGGCAACACACAGUCACAGCAAGCCCAAAGUCAAGUGCAAAACGACAUUGUGGCCAAUGUUAACCAUUCUCCUACUUUAAAUUUGCUACGAAGUGCUGAAUUUAAUAACUGCAAUAUUACAUUGAAUAUCGUUAAAAACAGUAAGUGA